AUGGCUACCACCACGACGACCAGCUUCUUUGACAAUAAUCGUAGCUUGCGGCUUAAUGAGCGUGGUCCGAGCUUAGACGACGACAUUUCGGUUGAUUUGAUCGACCCAAAAGUUGAGGAUGAGGUCAGAGAAAGAAGUGUGUCACCAGUAGCAGGGUCAUUUUUUCCAUCAGCCAAGUCGGAAGCUGGCAGUGACAGUAGCGUAUGGAACAGAACAAAUCCAAACUCCCCUCUUAACAUUUCAUCACUCUUCCCAGCCACAAGGUCUGAGACUGAUGCUAGUUCACUAUUUUAUGGAACACCUUCAGUAAUCUCUCGUUCCAAUUCCAUAAUGGGAAUCUUCCCACCAGCCAGAUCUCAAUUCGACAGUCCCGAAUAUUAUGAAAUACUUGUUCGAAGUCGUUCCAUACCCUCCUCAUAUUCCAUAAUGUCAAUCUUCCCACCAGCCAGUUCUCAAAUAGACAGUCCCGAUUACUAUGAAAUUAUAGACCAAAAUCGUUACAUACCCUCAUAUGAUCACUUCUUUCCACCACCGGACAUGUCGGACACAGACAGUUCAAUGUCUAAUGUAUCAACUCCUAAGCAUAUUUCCUUACCAUCAUUAUUAUUACCGCCCAACAAGUCAGAGACCGAUGAUGGAACAUCUUUGGAUGAGUACCUCUUGUUCUUAGAUAUCAAGAAGUUGAGAAUCAAAGAGGUUCAGAAAAUCAAGUGGAACUCACUGAGGGUGGAGAUGGAGAAGUGGAUUCAAUUCGUGAAGAUCGUGGUUAGGUUGAUUCUCAACAGCAAGAAGAGUGAAAGCAAAGAGAUUCGCUUCAACGAAAUCAUGAAAGGUUGCGUGAUGCAGUUAUUGAGCUUCGGUAAAGCUGUUGCAAUUGGGAGAAAAUCGCCUCAGAAGCUGUUUGGGAUACUCGACAUGUAUGACGCGAUGGCUGAGGCAUUAACGCAAUUGGAAGGGUUGAUUACUGACAAUGUAGUGAUCAAUAAGGUGAAAGAUGUGCUCACCAGGCUUGGCGAGGCAGCCAAGGGGACAUUUCUCGAGCUUGAGAAUGCGGUUUACAAUGGAACCUCCGUGAAAUUUAUGCAGAGCGGUGAGAUUGACCCGCUGUCGCGGUACGUGAUGGGCUAUGUGCAGUCGCUUCUGGAUUAUACUGAUACUCUGAACUUCUUGUUGGGAAAUAUUGAUGAAGAUGAUGAUCAAUUAGAAGCAUUGACUCCGUUUGGUAGGCAGUUGUUAGUGUUGAUAACAUGUUUACAGUUCAAUCUUCAAAAGAAAUCGAAGCUCUAUGAGGAUGUUGAUGGAUUGCAGUAUAUUUUUCUGAUGAAUAAUACUCUGUAUAUAGUGCAGAAGGUGAAAGAUUUGGAUCUUGGUGGGUUCUUAGGUGAUAAUUGGGUUCAUAAACAUCAUGAGCAGGUAAGGCAAUACGCGACGAGUUAUCACAAGGCUUCUUGGACCGAAGUGUUGCUUUGUUUGAAGGAUGAAGGGGUUGGUCAGAGCUUUUCUAAUGCCUCGAACAGAUUCAAGAAUUUCAAUGCUAGUUUUGAGGAAGUAUAUAGGGUUCAAACUGCUUGGAAGGUCCCCGAUGCUCAGCUCCGGCAAGAUCUUAGGAUAUCUAUAAUGGAAAACGUGAUCUCAGCUUACCGCUCAUUUAUGGGAAUACUUGGGAAUCAAGUAGAGAGUGGAAGGUAUGCUGGGAAAUACAUAAAGUACACAGCAGAUGAUUUAGAGAGUUAUUUGUUGGAUUUGUUCGAGGGAUCACCGCGAGUAUUGCAGAAAAAGUACAUAGGAUGAAAGACUAACUUGUAUCAAGCUCUAAUGAAGGAUUAG